UCGAACUUCUCAGAGACUUUGAGAAAAACCUGAAUCGGAACUCCCAGGUUAGCGCAAUCCAUUCUCCAUCUGAUUCAAAAACCCUAAUUUUUCCCAUUUCAUUCGCCCCUUCCCUCCAUUCUCCCAGUUUCCGAUCAGAUUUCUCUAUCACAGAUUUGAAUUGCCCCUCAACCAAAACGGUUUCCAGAUUGGUAUCUUCUUUUCGUUCGAUUUUGUACUGCUCUGAUUUUCUGGUUCUGUUCUCGAUCUGGGUGUCUCUGAGCUGCUUAAUUCCGAGUUUCGCCUUCGAUGAAGAAAUUGUGAAAUUUCCCAGAGAUUUUUUUGAAGUUACUUUCCGACUAUUGCGGAAUUUUUCAUUUUCUGAUUCUGAUGAAGAACUUGUAGUCUGUGUAUGAGUAGUAUUGAAUUUGGGCAUUGUGUAGAAAGGGCGAGUUUGAAGUUUGAAGUUUGAAGGGAAAUUUUGAAAUGGGGAAGCCUUUGUUUUAUGAGAUUCUUGAAAAACCAGCCACUAGUGGGAUUAUAGGGAUUUGCUGUGCUAUAUGGUUUUACAUCCAGAAGAAAAAUGUUGGAUACUCACAUGUGGGGCUGAGUUAUGAAACUGCCAUUGAAGGGCACCAUUGGAGGAUAAUAACUUCAGCCUUCUCUCAUAUUAGUGUUAUUCAUCUUGUUUUCAAUAUGAGUGCUCUUUGGAGUCUUGGGGUUGUAGAACAGCUUGGACAUAUGGGCUUAGGUGUUGCAUAUUAUCUCCAUUACACUCUUGUUUUGGUCCUGCUCUCUGGUGUGCUGGUUUUAGGAAUGUACCAUCUCUUGAUUCAAAAGUUCAAACUCGAAUACUUUCGACGGGUUACGGCAGUUGGGUAUUCUUGUGUGGUUUUCGGAUGGAUGACUAUACUCUCUGUGAAGCAGCCGUCUUCGAAGUUGGACCUCUUUGGCUUCCUUUCACUGCCCAUCAGCUUUGCGCCAUUUGAGUCGCUGAUUUUUACUUCUAUUAUUGUCCCACAAGCAAGUUUUCUUGGACAUCUAUCUGGAAUCAUUGUUGGAUAUGCUAUAGCUUGGGGUUUGAUUCAUGGAAUGAAUAACUUCUGGGCCAUUUCCAUGCUAGGAUGGACUGUGCUUGUCAUUAUAUUUAGCUUGAAGAAAUCUAACACCUUCGACUUCGACUUUCUGGAGAUUGAAUCUGUAACAGACCCUUCCUUGCCGUCUGUUCGAUUUCUUGCGUCCGGAAAUGGUAGAACCUUGCAGAUGAAUGCAUUGCCAACAGGAGAUGUAGAGAUUGUAUGAACUUAUAGGAGUCAUUUGCACAAUUGAGAUGUUGAAAUUGAGAGACUGCAAUCCAUUGAAAUCCUGUUGGUUGUACCAAGAUGAUGAUAUGUUCCGAUUCGAGAUGCCCUCAUGUCCGAGAUCUUGUCAAGCUAUCGGGAUUUUUCCUGUAAUUCUGGUGUGUAAUUCUUCAAUUCUUUGGGAUUGGAUUGCACAGGGGAUGUGAUAAUUCAUCCAUGUGAGCAUUUGCUGUAUGAAUUUACUAUGGUUCAGCCAUGAAGUUAUAGAGAAAUGGAUCUAUCAAUCACAUUUGUAUCAUUAUUUGCUUC